CGUCUAUCCGCCGGGUUCCCGUCUCGCUGCCCCCGCCGGCCAUGCUGAGGGCGCCCCUGCCGCUGCUGCUGCUGCCGCUGCUGCCCCUGCCGCCCCUGCCCGGGGCCGCGGCCGGGCCUGCGGACAAGCGCGUGGCGCAGAAGGAGGCCGCCUUCGAGCAGCCGUACAGCGACGCGGUGAACGGGGAGCUGCUCAACAUCUACGCCUUCAACCACACCGUCACGCGGAACCGGACGGAGGGUGUCCGUGUCUCGGUGAACGUGCUCUCCGAGCAGAAGGAGAGGCCGGUGCUCUUCGUGGUCCGCCAGAAGGAAGCCGUGGUAUCAUUUCAGGUGCCCCUAAUCCUCCGGGGCCUGUUCCAGAGGAAGUAUCUCUACCAGGACGUUAGCCGCACCCUGUGCCAGCCACCCACCAAGAGCGAGGUUGAGACGCAGUUCUUUUUCGUGGACGUCUCCACGCUCUCUCCGUACAACGCCUCGUACCAGCUGCAGGUCUCUCGCGUGGAGAACUUUGUGCUCAGGACGGGCGAGCCCUUCACUUUCAACGCCACGGCAGCCCAGCCACAGUAUUUCAAAUAUGAGUUCCCGGAGGGGGUGGACUCUGCCAUCAUUAAAGUGACCUCAUCCACGGCCUUCCCUUGUUCGGUCAUUUCCGUCCAGGAUAUUCUGUGUCCCGUCUAUGACUUAGAUAACAACGUGGCCUUCAUUGGUACCUACCAGACCAUGACCAAGAAGGCAGCCAUCACAGUGCAGAAGAAAGAUUUCCCCAGUCACAGUUUCUACGUGGUCGUAGUGGUGAAGACUGAAGAUGAAGCGUGCGGGGGAGCGUUGCAUUACUAUCCUUUUUCUGAAGAUGAGCCUGUUGACCAAGGCAACCGCCAGAAAACCCUGCACAUUGUGGUGACACCUGCUGUCAGUUCAAAGGUCUACGUAGACGGGAUCCUUUUCUGUCUGGGUGUCUUCCUGUCCUUCUACGUGCUGACGGUGCUCAUUGCCUGCUGGGAAAACUGGCGGCAAGAGAAGCAGAGGCGGCGGCAGCUAUGCCUCCUGAGCGCUGUGGAGACGCCCAGCUCAGAGAGGGGCGUGCAAGCUCCUCUCCUUGGGAAUCCCCCAGACGCCCCGGAUUCCUACCUGGGACACCCUCCCCUCAGCAGCCAGAGUUACGGGUCCUUUGCAGACACCGGGUCCGCUGCCAGCACCGAGAACGUCACAGACAGUCUGCUCUCCACGGAAGCCUCCUCCAGUUACGCUGGGCAAGAUCUGUGCCAGCACCAGCAGAGACACCUGGCAGCCUUUGCAAUGGAUCGCUCCCUAGACAACGUGGUGGGACGCCCCCGGCUUGACUCGCUCAGCUCCGUGGAAGAGGAUGAUUACGACACGCUGGCUGACAUCGAGUCAGACAAGAACGUCAUCCGCACCAAGAAAUUCCUGUGUGUCGCGGAUCUGUCCCGCAAAGACAAGCGAGUGCUGCGGAAGAAAUACCAGAUUUACUUCUGGAAUAUCGCCACCAUUGCGGUCUUCUACGCCCUCCCAGUCGUCCAGCUGGUCAUCACCUACCAGACGGUGGUGAACGUUACUGGGAACCAGGACAUUUGCUACUACAACUUCCUCUGCGCACACCCUCUGAGCAACCUCAGCGCCUUCAACAACAUCCUCAGCAACCUGGGCUAUGUCCUGCUGGGCCUGCUCUUCCUGCUCAUCAUUCUGCAGCGUGAGAUCAGCUACAACCGAGCCUUGAUGCGCAACGACUUCCAGGCUGCGGAGUGCGGCAUCCCAAAGCACUUUGGCCUCUUCUAUGCCAUGGGCACCGCCCUCAUGAUGGAGGGUCUGCUCAGUGCCUGCUACCACGUGUGCCCAAACUAUACCAACUUCCAGUUUGACACAUCCUUCAUGUACAUGAUAGCCGGGCUCUGCAUGCUGAAGCUGUAUCAGAAGAGGCACCCCGACAUCAACGCCAGUGCCUACAGCGCCUACGCUUGCCUGGCCGUCAUCAUCUUCUUCUCUGUCGUGGGGGUGGUCUUUGGCAAAGGCAACACAGCCUUCUGGAUUGUCUUCUCAGUCAUCCAUAUCCUGGCCACGCUGCUGCUCAGCACCCAGCUAUACUACAUGGGCCGCUGGAAACUGGAUUCUGGCACCUGGCGCAGGAUUUUUCACGUGCUGUACACGGACUGCAUCCGCCAGUGCAGCGGGCCCAUGUACAUGGAUCGGAUGGUGCUGCUGGUGAUGGGCAACCUCAUCAACUGGUCCCUGGCAGCUUAUGGCCUCAUCAUGCGCCCCAAUGACUUUGCCUCCUACUUGCUGGCCAUCGGCAUCUGCAAUCUUCUGCUCUACUUUGCCUUCUACAUUAUCAUGAAGCUCCGGAGCGGCGAGCGCCUGCUGCUGAUCUCCCUGCUCUGCAUCAUCUGCACCUCCGUCGUGUGGGGCUUUGCCCUCUUUUUCUUCUUCCAGGGCCUGAGCACCUGGCAGAAAACGCCAGCCGAGUCCCGCGAGCACAACCGAGAGUGUAUCCUGCUGGGUUUCUUCGACGACCACGACGUCUGGCACUUCCUCUCCUCCAUCGCCAUGUUUGGCUCCUUCCUGGUCCUGCUGACCUUGGAUGAUGACCUCAAUUGUGUCCAGCGUGACAAGAUUUAUGUCUUCUGAGUGGCACUUGGAGACUCCUUGGCAGAGAGGCCAGAGACCAUCUGGCGGGCACUAGGGGGCACGGCUGUGGGCUCCCCCCUCACAAACGCAUCAAAAGAGCCCGCAGAAGGGGAACAAGGCUGACGAGGACCUACCUGAGACCUUCCCAUCUUGAGCCUCUGAGAGCUGACCCUGAGGGCCCAGGGCAAUGUGUUCAAAUGCUGCCUGGGUUGCGUCUCUGCCUGGAGGUGUCGGUUUCCCUUCCUCGGCCAUCAGCAGCGCUCCCUCCCCGGGGAGGCCUGGGGGGGUGGAGAGAAAAGGCCCCUCUGUAGGGGUCCAGCACUGCCACAACUCUGUGGGGAGGUGCAGAGAAGAACAGCGACAGGCUGGGCUCCUUUUGGGGCAGCUCUGGGAAACUACACGGCUCUCCUCGGUGCCUGCGCAGAUGACUGGAGGACCCCCCUUGUGAUGCAGCUGCCUUCUUUCUCUGAGCGGGGAGCUUUGCUUCCGGGGAGCAAUGGCACUUGGGACCUCCGUCUGCUAGCACUGGCAGCGGCAGCAGCAGCGUCCAAGCAGAGGGGUGCCGCCGCCUCUUCAAACACAUCAGGCACAACGUGUUUCACUGCUUAUGGGGAGGAAGCGGGCUGGUGGGUCUCUGCCCGGGUGGGAGUGACUGAAGGUCUGGGCAGCUGAGUGGUCCCUGGUGGUCCCUCCCUGGUUUUGGCCCCAGAGAAAGCCAGCCCUCAUUUCCUGGGGAGGGGCCUCCUCAGUCACCAUAA